GUGUUGCUUGAUACGACAACUGUGCUGGGAGAACUAGGAUGGAAGACGUAUCCAUUAAAUGGGUGGGAUGCCAUCACUGAAAUGGAUGAACACAAUAGGCCUAUUCAUACUUACCAGGUAUGCAAUGUAAUGGAGCCAAACCAAAACAACUGGCUUCGUACAAACUGGAUCUCACGUGAUGCAGCUCAGAAAAUUUAUGUGGAAAUGAAGUUCACACUAAGGGAUUGUAACAGCAUCCCUUGGGUCUUGGGGACUUGCAAAGAAACCUUUAAUCUGUAUUAUAUGGAAUCAGAUGAGUCCCAUGCAAUUAAAUUCAAGCCAAGCCAGUAUAUAAAGAUUGACACAAUUGCUGCUGAUGAGAGUUUUACCCAAAUGGAUUUAGGUGAUCGCAUCCUCAAACUCAACACCGAAAUUCGUGAAGUGGGGCCUAUAGAAAGAAAAGGAUUUUAUCUGGCAUUUCAAGACAUUGGGGCAUGCAUUGCCCUGGUCUCCGUUCGUGUUUUCUACAAAAAGUGUCCCUUCACUGUUCGAAACUUGGCCAUGUUUCCUGAUACCAUCCCAAGAGUUGACUCUUCCUCUUUGGUUGAAGUACGGGGCUCUUGUGUGAAGAGUGCUGAAGAGCGUGAUACUCCUAAACUAUAUUGUGGAGCAGAUGGAGAUUGGUUGGUUCCUCUUGGAAGGUGUAUCUGCAGUACAGGAUAUGAAGAAAUUGAGGGUUCUUGCCAUGCUUGCAGACCAGGAUUCUAUAAAGCCUUUGCUGGUAACACAAAGUGUUCUAAAUGCCCUCCGCAUAGUUUAACCUACAUGGAAGCAACAUCUGUUUGUCAGUGUGAAAAGGGUUACUUCCGAGCUGUGAAAGAUCCACCUUCUAUGGCAUGUACCAGGCCACCUUCAGCUCCUAGGAAUGUGGUUUUUAACAUCAAUGAAACAGCCCUUAUUUUGGAAUGGAGCCCACCAAGUGAUACAGGAGGGAGGAAAGAUCUCACAUACAGUGUAAUCUGUAAGAAAUGUGGCUUAGACCCCAGCCAGUGUGAGGACUGUGGUGGAGGACUCCGCUUCAUCCCAAGACACACUGGCCUGAUCAACAAUUCCGUGGUAGUACUUGACUUUGUGUCUCACGUGAAUUACACCUUUGAAAUAGAAGCCAUGAAUGGAGUUUCCGAGUUGAGUUUUUCUCCCAAACCGUUCACAGCUAUUACAGUGACUACGGAUCAAGAUGCACCUUCUCUAAUAGGUAUGGUAAGGAAGGACUGGGCAUCCCAAAAUAGCAUUGCUCUAUCAUGGCAAGCACCUGCUUUCUCCAAUGGAGCCAUUCUGGACUACGAGAUCAAGUACUAUGAGAAAGAGCAUGAGCAGCUCACCUAUUCCUCCACGAGGUCCAAGGCCCCCAGUGUCAUCAUCACAGGUCUCAAGCCAGCCACCAAGUACAUAUUUCAUAUCCGAGUGAGGACUGCAACAGGAUACAGUGGCUACAGUCAGAAGUUCGAAUUUGAAACAGGAGAUGAAACUUCUGACAUGGCAGCAGAACAAGGGCAAAUUCUGGUGAUCGCUACUGCCGCCGUUGGGGGAUUCACCCUUCUGGUCAUCCUUACUUUGUUCUUCUUAAUCACUGGCAGGUGUCAGUGGUACAUAAAGGCUAAGAUGAAGUCAGAAGAGAAGAGAAGAAACCAGUUGCAGAAUGGGCAUUUGCGUUUCCCAGGAGUUAAAACUUACAUUGAUCCAGAUACCUAUGAAGACCCAUCCCUAGCAGUCCAUGAAUUUGCAAAAGAAAUAGAUCCUUCCAGAAUUCGCAUCGAAAGAGUUAUUGGGGCAGGUGAAUUUGGAGAAGUCUGUAGUGGGCGUUUGAAGACACCAGGGAAAAGAGAGAUCCCAGUUGCUAUUAAAACUUUGAAAGGUGGCCAUAUGGAUCGGCAAAGGAGAGAUUUUCUGAGAGAAGCCAGCAUCAUGGGUCAGUUUGACCACCCAAAUAUCAUUCGCCUAGAAGGUGUUGUCACAAAAAGAUCCUUCCCGGCCAUUGGGGUGGAGGCGUUUUGCCCCAGCUUCCUGAGGGCAGGAUUUUUAAAUAGCAUCCAGGCCCCGCAUCCAGUGCCAGGGGGAGGAUCUUUGCCCCCCAGGAUUCCUGCUGGCAGACCAGUAAUGAUUGUGGUGGAAUAUAUGGAGAAUGGAUCCCUAGAUUCCUUUUUGAGGAAACAUGAUGGCCACUUCACAGUCAUCCAGUUGGUCGGCAUGCUCCGAGGCAUUGCAUCAGGCAUGAAGUAUCUUUCUGAUAUGGGCUAUGUUCAUAGAGACCUGGCGGCUAGGAAUAUAUUGGUGAACAGCAACUUAGUAUGCAAAGUUUCUGAUUUUGGUCUCUCCCGAGUGCUAGAAGAUGAUCCAGAAGCUGCUUAUACAACAACUGGUGGGAAAAUCCCUAUAAGGUGGACGGCCCCAGAAGCUAUUGCCUAUAGAAAAUUCUCCUCUGCAAGUGAUGCAUGGAGCUACGGCAUCGUCAUGUGGGAGGUCAUGUCCUAUGGAGAGAGACCUUACUGGGAAAUGUCUAACCAAGAUGUCAUUCUGUCCAUUGAAGAAGGUUACAGACUUCCAGCUCCUAUGGGCUGCCCAGCAUCUCUACACCAACUGAUGCUCCAUUGCUGGCAGAAGGAGAGAAACCACAGACCAAAAUUUACUGACAUUGUCAGCUUCCUUGACAAACUGAUCCGCAAUCCCAGUGCCCUUCACACCCUAGUGGAAGACAUCCUUGUAAUGCCAGAGUCUCCUGGUGAAGUUUCUGAAUAUCCUUUGUUUGUCACUGUCGGUGACUGGCUGGAUUCUAUAAAGAUGGGGCAAUAUAAGAAUAACUUCAUGGCAGCAGGGUUUACAACAUUUGACCUGAUUUCAAGAAUGAGCAUUGAUGACAUUAGGAGAAUUGGAGUCAUACUCAUUGGACACCAGAGACGAAUAGUCAGCAGCAUACAGACUUUACGUUUACAUAUGAUGCACAUACAGGAGAAAGGAUUUCAUGUAUGAAAGUACUACAAGCACCUGUGUUUUGUGCCUCAGCAUUUCUAAAAGGAAAAUGUCCUCUCUACUACUCUCUCUUCUGAUUCUCCAAACAUUACUUCCUAAACCACGGUCUCCCGUUCAGACUAUGGCUGCACACCUUAUGUUUCUGCUUCCAACCUGGAUUUUAAAUUCAUGCUACAUAGGUCCUCUCUGAAUAGCCUGCAAAUAAAAUCUUGGCCCACUUCAGAUUAUCAUUACACAAUGAUAAAUAACCCAG